CUUAUCAAAUCUAACACACUAGUCUCAGAAGAUAGGUUUGUUUGUUUUUAUAAACACCUAGCCUACUAUACACACAUUAUUUUAUAUACAAAAAUUUUCUAUACACAUAGAGAUCUGAUUUAUUUUGGAUUCAUGGAAGCAGACUGCCAAUCACUGUACUCAACAGCCAGCAGAAAUGGGUUACUACUCAGUUCUAACCUGACAUUGAGUGGUACUGUGGUAUGGUUAGCGUGUGAUCAUACUGACCAACGAAUAGAUGGGCACUCACGGUUAACCUGUAGAAAUGGGACCUGGUCCAGUGGUUUACCGCAGUGUGCAGAUAAUAAGUUGCUGACAGAAAGGGAAAUAAUAAUCAUAGCCUCCAGUUCUGCUGCCGGUGCUGCUCUCUUGAUACUAUCAUUGGCGCUCACUAUUUAUUUCAUCUGUGCAAAACGGAAACAAUUGUAUCGAAGAUCUCAGAGAUUACAACAGAAGCUGCAGACAUGGUCAACGAGAGACCCACUGGAGGAAUUUGUCCAAAGAGAGUCUGUAAAUCAAGUGACCGACGUCUCGUACAAACCAACAGCACUGGUCAGGAUGUCCACUAGAAGAGAAAGCCAUUUAUUUAAAAUUUGGAACCAAAGCAGGACGAUAAAGAAAUUAGUUUUUGCUGGCUCCAUGAUGGAAUUGAUACAAGCAGCUUCUGAACGUCUGAAAUUACCUCAUCCUGACAAAAUAGUGUUAGAAGAAGAUGGAACAGAAGUGACAUCAGAUGAAAUACUUUUAGCAUGUGCUGGUUCUAUUUUGUUAGUCUUACAGCCUGGCGAGGAAUGGGAACCAAGUCUGACAUUAGAUGGGAACCAGUUACCUCCGACAUUCAACAAUCUUCACAGACACAGUACCAUAAGUAUUAUCAAAAGCCUGCAGAACAUUGGCGCAGAAAUGAAAACUGUAAGACCAAAGGCAGGCGGGGCUGUUGUUAAUGAAGGUUAUGACAUUUUGUCCGAUGAAGACAAAAUUAGUCAAUAGUUUAGAGUUUCAAGAUUAGUUGCUGUAUAAAAUUUACUUUAAAAAAAGGCAUUGUAUAUUAUACAAGUGGUCAAAAUACUCAAAAUGAUGUUUAGUUGACCACAUGUAAAUGACCGAAAUUGUUUAUAAUAAUACGCAUGCUAAACUAUACACAUACGCAGUACUGUCAUUGUAAAUAAACAUAUUAAGGCUUGACUCCCUUUUCUAAAUACUCAUGUCAGCUAAAUAUUUAGAACUGGUAUGAAAUCUUCUUUCUAAGCAAUAAAUAUGCUAGCUGAAGCAUAGCUUGUGUGUGGGUGAGACAAACUGUAUCUAAACUUUGUUUCAAAGUGACCCUAAUCCCAUAAAUUUGGAAAGCAUUAAAGUAUCUUUUUUUUUUUAAACUUACCAGCAAAUAAAAGAUAACAAUGACACCCUGAUUAAAAAGAAAAAAUAUUAGCAGUGUAUGUUACUAAAUGGUAUUUCAACUAUGUCGUUGGCAUUAAAAUGUUGUUACUAAAUGGUA